AUGUUAACUGAUUCCAUCACAGUACUAUGCGGGCUAUUCCUAGCCCAAUCUGCCCUAGCAGCCAGACCAUACGAUAAAAUAUCUUUCGCAAACGUAGGUUUCGCAGGAACUUAUCAACCAGUAAAGAAAAUGUCUAACAUAGAUAACAACGAUACAUGUACAUGUGAAGUCGGUGAUAGGACUUGGUUUUCUGGUGAAAAUGCUCCCCUAUCAGACUACCUUUCUGUCCAUUUCCGUGGUCCAUUACAACUAAAUAAAUUCGCUUAUUAUACUUCUCCAUCUUUCCAAAUAGGUGAAGAAUCUGGCUCUUCUGAUUGGUCUCGUAAUGCAUACUAUGAUGCAAAUGCUCAAACUGGUGAAAAUGUUACGUUCUUAACCAAAGCUGGAUCCGAUUCUCCUUGUCUGGGGAAGGCUUUAAGUUACGCCGGAGAUGAUGGUGUCUCUAGUGCUGCAUCAAGUACUCUUUUGAAAUAUAGCACUUUGAUUACAUCCGAUCAAGAAUAUGCCAUCUUUUCCAAUGUAAGUUGUCCAAAAUCCGGCGCUAAUAAGGACUGUGGUGUUUAUCGUGAAGGUAUUCCAGCUUAUUAUGGGUUUGGCGGUACUACUAAGAUGUUUUUAUUUGAAUUCCAAAUGCCAACUGAAACUCAAUCAAACAGUUCCACUUUUGAAUAUUAUGAUAUGCCCGCUAUUUGGUUAUUGAAUGAUCAUAUCCCAAGAACUUCUCAAUAUCCAACGAAUGCUAACUGUUCAUGUUGGUCAAGUGGUUGUGGUGAAUUUGAUAUCUUUGAAAUUAUGAAUGGUACUGAAAGAAACAAUCUUUACUCCACUUUCCAUACUUUCCAAGGUAUUGAAGAUUUAGGAACUGGUAUUCAAGCUAAUGGCUACAUUCCAAGAGACACUGCAAACACAAUGAAAGGUGGUGUGAUAUUCGAUUCAAAUGGUAACACUGUCACUUUCAUCUCUAAUUCUACAUCUUUCGAUGCUAAUCUGACUGUAGCUGACGUUAAUAGUUUAUUAUCUAACUUCACUUCAAAUGAAACUUAUUCAACAACUUUGAUGACUAUCUCUGCUACUGCUCCAUCAACUACUUCCAAGUCAAAUGGUAUUUCCAUGUUCGGUAAGAUGGAUGGAUUGUGGUAUUACGGUAUCACUGCUUUAACUGCAGUCACUCAAAUGUUUUUGUUGUGA